GGGAUCUUUCUGAAGCUUUACUUACACAAUUGCAAUUAUUUAAUCGUAAGCGCGCUGGCGAAAUUGAAAGGUUUGAACUUGCAGAUUACAAAAAUAUUCAAUUUAUUAAAGAAAGUGAUGAAGACUAUAAAUCUUUGUCAGAAGCAGACAAACAGAAAGCAAAAGAGUUCGGUCAUACUGUGAUUUGUGACAAGCUUUACAAAAGUGUACCUUUGCUAUUAAGCUCGAAAGUUCGUAAGGGGCUUGAUAUCAUUAUUCAGUAUCGCAAAAAUGCCAAUGUAUCGUCAAAAAAUCCUUUCGUCUUUGGAAUUGCAGGCUAUUACAAAGACGCACAUUUGUGUGCAAGUAGUAUAAUGAGAAAAUUAUCAUCUUUAUGUGGAGCAGAAAAUCCUCACCUACUUCGCGGUACAUUUCUACACAAGCAAAUUGCUACAAAAUGCUCAGAACUGCAGCUCGAUCCAGGACAAACUUCAAAAAUGGCUGAUUAUUUAGGACAUGACGUUACAAUACACAAAAAAGUGUACCAGCAGCGAGCAAAAUCUGACAUAUUAAAUAUGUCUACACUAUUACAGAAUGUCCAAAACUCUGUGAACUCACAUAGAGAUUCUAGUGGCUCCUUGGAAGUAGAUUCUACAAAUAACGUUGAAACCGAAACUUCUGGAGACGCAGGUACACUCAAUUACGAUGAAUCUUACGAUGAUGAUACAAAUAAAAGUCAAAACGACUUUGCGAACUUGAUUAAUGACUCAACGUUAAAUGAGCUGCCACAAUUUCCAAUGAAUAAUGUAGAACAUAAAAAUUACAAUGUUUUGACUAAUCAGAAUAAAAUUAUUCGAACAAGAUGGAGUAAUGAUGAAGUAAACAUCGUUAAAUUGCAUUUUGCUGAAUAUAUUCGAUCACAAACGUAUCCACCUCUCUCUGUAAUUCAAAAGUUCAAAGACAAGUUUAAAAUUUUGCCAAAUCGUAGCGCAGUUGUGAUAAAAGCGUGGAUCGCGAAUUCAUACAAAUCAUCUCAGACAAAGGCACGAAAAAAUGACAAUGGAUGGGAAAUGAGUUCAAAAACGUAAAAAAUAUGAAAGAAACCAAAAUAAAGAAACAAUCUACACGAAACAUGGCAAAUCAUGAGAAUAAAAUAGAAAAAAAAUCGAAAGAGUCGAAAUGUACUGAUCAAGAACAAUUAAAAAAAAACGCAUUUUACGGAUAUUUAAUGCUUAUAUUAUAAGGAACCGUAUACCUUCUGUAAGAAAAUGCAAUGAAAUUAAAAAUAAUGUCGCUGCGUUAAACACGGUUGAGUGUGAAUAUAUUCAAGAUAUUAUUCGCAAGCAAAUUAAUAAUCGUACUUAGAAUAUCUGGUAGUAUGAAAAUAUCAAAUAUCAUUUUUUAACAGAGUUGCGUCGUAAUUUUGAUUCUAAUUUAUGCAUGUCCAUUAGAUCAUUUACAGUGUAAAGUUCAGUUGGUAGUAUGCGACAUUAUUUUCCAUUUUUAUUUAUAUUAACUUCUUAUUUCUUAAUAUCUUAUUUUAUUAUACUUAGCAGAUGACUUUUAUUAAAAUAAGGUCCUGAACUUAUUGAUGAAAAUUCAAUUCACUACUUGAAUUUAAUAAUUACGAUGUUAAACACUUACACAAUUAAUUAUCGUACGAAUUUAUUAUAUAUUCUUUGUCAAUCUCAAUUUUAAUAACUAUAAAGAAUGAGUUUCUAGUAAUAUUCAAGUACGUGAUAUUUCAAUAUAAAUACGUAAAAUAUAU